UCAUUUUGGUCGUGAUCUUCACGUUCCAGAUUCUAAAAUUAAUUACGAUUUUCGUCCAAACUACCACUUCCAAGUGGAUCCUUCACCAUGAAUCUUCAACUUUUAGAAUCGUUCGGCCAGAACUACCCGGAAGAGUUCGACGGCUCGCUGGACUGCAUCUCGUUGGCGGUAACUUGCGCGUUUAACAAGUACGGAACGCUGCUGGCCGUGGGUUGUAACGACGGCCGUAUCGUGGUGUGGGACUUUUUGACGCGAGGCAUCGCCAAGAUCAUUUCCGCCCACGUCCAUCCGGUGUGCAGUUUGUGCUGGUCGCGGAACGGCCACAAGCUGCUGUCGGCUUCGACGGAUAAUAAUGUGUGCAUUUGGGACGUGCUGAACGGGGACUGCGAGCACAAGUACCGGUUUCCGUCGCCGAUUCUGAAGGUGCAGUUUCACCCGCGGAACGAUAACAAGUUUUUGGUUUGUCCGAUGCGGUACGCGGCGGUUCUGGUGGAGAUUGGCGGCAAGCACCAGUGUUUGCCGCUGGACAACGAUGGGGAUUUGAACAUUGUGGCGUCGUUUGACCGGAGGGGGGAGCAUAUUUACUCGGGGAAUGCAAAGGGGAAGAUUUUGGUGCUGGACUCGAACACUCUGGAGAUUGUGGCCAGCUUCAAGAUUGCGGUGGGGUCUUCGAGUGCAACGGCCGUGAAGAGUAUAGAGUUUGCGAGGCGGGGGGAGGCUUUUCUGGUUAACACGUCCGAUCGGGUGAUUCGAGUGUAUGAUUCGAAGGAGGUUGUCACGUGCGGCAAGGAGGGCGAGCCGGAACCCAUUCAGAAGCUGCAGGAUUUGGUGAACAAAACGACCUGGAAAAAGUGCUGCUUCUCCGGGGAUGGCGAGUACAUCUGCGCCGGAAGUGCCCGCCAGCACGCGUUGUACGUGUGGGAGAAAUCAAUCGGCAACCUGGUAAAGAUUCUGCACGGAACCAAGGGAGAACUGCUGCUGGACGUGGUGUGGCAUCCCGUGCGACCGAUAAUCGCCAGCAUCAGCUCGGGGUUGGUUUCGAUUUGGGCCCAGAACCAGGUGGAAAAUUGGUCCGCAUUUGCGCCCGAUUUUAAAGAACUGGACGAGAACGUGGAGUACGAGGAGCGCGAGUCCGAGUUUGACAUCACCGACGAGGACAAGUCGGUGGAUUUGGCCGCCGAGGCCAAGCAGGACGAGGAGGUCGAGGUGGACGUCGUUUCGGCGGAACCGAUUGCGGCGUUCUGCUCGUCGGAUGAGGAGUACGAGGACGAGACGGCCCUUCAAUUUCUGCCGAUGGCACCGGAAGUGGAAGAUCCGGAAGAUGGGUGGGGAUCGCAGGAUAACGCCGAUGCGUUGGGCUCCGGAUUCAACAACAAUUCCGGCGGCGGUGGCCACGAUUCGAUGGGGAUGAAGGAAAAUGAACCGGGUUCGAAGAAGCGCAAGACCAGUUCGUACGACAUCUCCCUGGACAAUGCACCGAUUGAAGACGUUCACCCGCUACUGCAGAACAAAGCCAACAAGGACAAAGCAACGGCGGCAAGCAAAAAGGCUGCCGGACGACCGCGGAAGUAACUUCCCCCCUAAGAGGUAAGCAAGGCAUUUACAUUCGAAUUUUACACACCCAUUUUUAUUGGAACAUCAAAAUCUUCCGCCCAGAAAUUGUUACUUUCUGUGCCUAAACCCGGUUUUUAGCGUGCAAAGUUUAAAUAAGUCCUGUGUAAAUAUACCAUUUCCACAUU